AUGGCUCCUAUCUCCUCGAUACUCGCCCCUUUCGCCGCCCUCGCUGGGUUGGUUGCCGCCCUGCCCAGCUCGGGCUUCCAUGGCUCUGGGGACUUUGCCGGCGUCCCAGUUUCCAACGCCGACGCCUUGAACGUCAUCCCCCAGAGCUAUAUCGUUGUCUACAACAGCAGCUUCGAUUCCAAGGUCAUCGAUGACAGCCAAGCCGCGGCUAUGGCCAAGGUUGCCAAGCGCAACCUGGGCAAGAGGUCACUAGAUGGUCGUGACAUGUCGACAACAGCAACGGCCUGCAAAAUUGGAACCUGGAGGGGUUUGAUGCUGGACGCUGAUGACCAGACUAUCAUGGAGAUUAUGGAGGACCCGGCAGUCCGCUAUGUUGAGGCCGAUGCAGCUAUGAACGUCUUGAUCGAUGAGGGGGCUGCCGAGCAGCCUCCCCCAGCUGAACUCACAGAGAUGCAAGCCAUUGCCAGGCGCGCGGAGCAGACCGAAACCGGAGCCCCCAAUGGUCUUGCACGCCUCAGUCAGUCGGAGCCUAACCCUGGUUCCUCGGGAACGUACAAGUUUGAGGAUUCCGCCGGCGAGGGCAUCACUGUCUACAUCGUCGACACUGGUAUCCGUGCCACUCACGAAGAGUUCGAAAAUCGUGCCACUUUCGGUGCCAACUUCAUCGACAGGGUGGACACUGAUCAGAACGGCCACGGAUCGCACUGUGCCGGAACCAUCGGUGGCAAGACCUUCGGUGUUGCAAAGAAGGCUACCCUCGUUGGCGUCAAGGUUCUGGGUGCCAACGGCGGUGGUUCUAACCGUGGAGUCAUUCAGGGCAUGCAGUUCGUUGCCAGCGACGUUACCCAGAAGAACCUUGCUCGCAAGGCCGUCAUGAAUAUGUCCCUCGGUGGUAGCAAGUCUACCGCUGUCAACGAGGCCAUCAACUCCAUGGUCAAGGCUGGCAUCGUUCCCGUUGUCGCCGCUGGCAACGAGAACGUCGAUGCCAAAGAUUCCAGCCCGGCAUCUGCUCCCGGCGCCAUCACCGUCGGUGCUAUUGACCAGAAGAAUGACCGCAAGGCAUCAUUCUCUAACUUUGGUGCUACUGUCGACAUUUUUGCCCCCGGUGUCGCCGUCCUCUCCGUCGAUGCCCAGAGUGACACUGGUUCAAAGACGCUUUCGGGCACCUCCAUGGCAUCGCCUCACGUCGCUGGUCUCGCCGCAUACCUGAUGGCUCUUGACCCCACUCUCACUGCUGGCGGUGGUAUUGAGACUGUUGCUGGCAAGGUCGACGCCAAGAUCAAGGAGCUCGCCAAGGCCAUGGGCGCCCAGGUCAAGAACGCCCCUACCGGUACCACUACUCUGAUCGCCAACAACGGCAAGACCAGCGGUGGAGCUGGUAACGGCACUGCCGACGCUGUCGACGGCGGUGAAGGUGCUGCAGAUGCUGCUCUCCGCCGCCUGCGUAAAGCCCAGAGGCUUGCGUCCCAACGCAAGCAGCAGCUGCAGCAGCAGCAAAAAUCGAGGCAACAAUAG